CACGUGACGUGGACAGUUUACCGUGUCCGGAAGUGCCGUGGCAACACGGGCAGCUUGGGUGUUUGAUUUUCUUUAUCCUGUCAUUGCGGAUUUUCUCAGUUAUUGCGGCCACUUUAGACUCAUAACUUUUCAUUAUCUUUUUCUGACCGCGAGUCCACAUGCGCCUGGGUCACGUGAACCGUACACCGAGGACGUGACGCCACUGGAAACUUUGGGGAAAAAGUGGCUAGCUAGCCGGCUAAUACGCUAACAAGGCUACCAGCUGAUUGUAGUUUACACAUCAGACACUGACGGGAGGAUGAAUAGGACGCAGAAGAAGCCCGUUUAUUUUCUCCGGCAGUGAACAGACAGUAGUUUAAGCUGACUCUCCCGCCAGCAGCGAUGUAAAGGAUGCACAAGUAACAGAAGUAACUCUCGGUGGAGUGGAGCUGGUGGUUUGGGGAGCUUGAAAAUGGAAGAAAAAUACAGCAGCAACGUGCUCUCAGGGGGUCAGCUGGGGAUGGUCGAAGUGCCCGAUUCCAGGUUAACCAGGUACAUUGUUCUGCUGGUCAUCUCGAAGGUCCUCAAAGCUCUUGGGAUCUUUGAGUCAUACGAUAUCCUCAAAGUGGUUCACAUAGUUCAGUUCAUCUUCAUACUGAAAUUAGGGAGUGCAGUGUUUCUGCUUUUUUUCCAAAAACCUUUUUCAUCUGGAAAAGUCAUCUCAAAAAGACAGUGGAUAAAGUUGUUAAAGCAUGCUGUUUUCAGCUGUGUCAUAUCCCUCCUGGGCUUCUUCGGCCUAACUCUUUGUGGACCUCUUAGAACGUUGUUGCUGUUUGAGCACAGUGACGUGGUGGUCAUUGCUCUUCUUGGUGUCCUCUUCACAAACUCAGGAGGAGGGCCAUCAAAGACUAGAGGUGCUGCUUUCUUCAUCAUCGCUGUGAUCUGCCUGCUCCUCUUUGACAACGAUGAUCUCAUGGCAAAGAUGGCCGAGCACCCUGAGGGACACCAUGACAGCGCUCUCACCCACUUCCUGUACACUGUGAUUUCAUUUUUAGGGGUAGCAGAUCACAAAGGUGGUGUUGUGCUGCUGGUGGCCUCCCUGUGUCUGAAGGUCGGCUUCCACACGGCCUCCAGGAAGUUGUCGGUGGAGAUUGGCGGUGCCAAACGUCUCUAUGCCCUCGACAACCUGGUUUCUGCCUUGGUGCUGCUGCCCUGGGUUAUAGUACUCUCUGCGACCACAGAAAGCAAAGUGGAGUCGUGGUCCUCUCUUGUCCUGCCUUUCGGGAUGAUCAUCUUCUCCGUCAUGAUCCUGGAGUUUUACGUUGAGGCCAUCUGCAGCGCCAAGAUGGAGAUGCCGAGGUGCGCCCGUUAUGGCGCCUUGGCCCUCUUCUUCAGCGCAUUGCUGCUGGCCAACUUCUGGACUCACCCGCUGACUGACCAGCUGCGCUCCAUGAGCAAACCAGCGCACUACGGCAGCACAGAGCAUGUGCUUUCCGGUGGAGUGCUGGUUAGCGCCAUCUUCUUCAUUAUGUCGUCCAAUAUUCUCUCAUCUCCUUCAAAGAAAGGUCAGAAGGGCACCUUGGUGGGUUACUCCCCUGAAGGGACACCUCUCUACAAUUUCAUGGGUGACGCCCUGCAGCACACAUCCCAGUCCCUUCCACGAUUCAUCAAAGACUCCCUGAAACAGAUCCUGGAGGAGUAUGACUCCAGACAGAUCUUCUACUUCCUGUGUCUCAACCUGGCUUUCACCUUUGUGGAACUGUUUUAUGGCGUUUGGACCAACAGCCUGGGACUCAUCUCUGAUGGUUUCCACAUGCUGUUCGACUGCUCUGCUUUAGUUCUGGGCCUGUUUGCCGCCCUCAUGACCCGCUGGAAAGCCACCAGGAUCUUCUCCUAUGGGUACGGUCGUGUUGAAAUUCUUUCCGGAUUCAUCAACGGCCUGUUCCUGAUGGUCAUUGCUUUCUUUGUCUUUGUGGAGUCGGUCACCCGUUUGUUGGAUCCUCCCAACAUAAACACAGACAUGCUGACGCCUGUGUCUGUUGGAGGCUUACUCGUCAACCUGGUGGGCAUCUGCGCUUUCAGUCACGCUCAUUCCCAUGGCAGCAAAAGCUGCUCGUCACAUGACCACGGGCACUCACAUCAUGGCCACUCCCACAGUGAGCACAGCCACGGUGGUCAUGGGCACUCGCACGGAGGUCACGGGCACUCACACGGAGGCCACGGGCAUGGCGGCCACGGGCACUCCCACGGCUCUGGAGGCAUGAAUGCCAACAUGAGAGGUGUGUGUUUGAGAACAUGGUCUGUGCUGAGAAACAUAAAGCUAGAUAAAGUCAUGAUAUUGAUUUAUUUUUCUCCAGGUGUCUUUCUCCAUGUCUUGGCCGACACUUUGGGCAGCGUUGGCGUGAUCAUCUCCACCAUCCUCAUCCGGCAGUUCGGCUGGUUGAUCGCUGACCCCAUAUGCUCGCUCUUCAUUGCCACUCUCAUUUUCCUCAGUGUCAUCCCUCUGCUGAAGGACGCCUGCGAGGUUCUGCUUCUGCGAACUCCCCCAGAGCAUGAGAAGGACCUGAACAAUGCGCUGGAAAAGAUUGAGAAAAUUGAAGGAGUUUUAUCGUACAGAGACCCUCAUUUCUGGAGGCAUUCAGCCAACAUGAUCGCCGGAACCAUCCACCUCCAGGUCAUGUCUGACGUGGUGGAGCAGAGGAUCAUUCAGCAGGUGACCGCCAUUUUGAAAGAAGCCGGCGUGAACAAUUUGUCGGUGCAGGUGGAGAAGGAGGCGUACUUCCAGCACAUGUCAGGUCUCAGCACCGGGUUUCACGAAGUUCUGGCAAUGACGCAGCAGAUGGAGUCCAUGAAGUACCUGAACGACGGGACGUGCAUCAUGUAGACCAAAAGAAACGCUUACAAGUCCGUUUUCAUUGAUAUGUACAGUGUACGUAUGUGGUUUAAAUAAAUCUGAAUAUAUUGGUUUUA